AUGAAACUCCCAAGCCAAUUCACGAUGAAUAAAUUGGUACUAUUUUCAGUUUUUGUUGUGCAAGUUUUUAGUGUGAUGGAUCCGAAAGAUAUCACUCCGGCUUUAAAGCAACUGAUGAUAGAUAUUCAUGUUGAAUGCGGUGUAAUUUCAGGUGCUACAGAUGAGCAAAUUGACGCUGUAAGACAUGGUGAUUUCAACAUUGGUAUAGAAAUGAAACGAUAUAUUGGUUGUAUGUGGUUGCAUUCUGGUGUGAUGAAUGGUUCCCGCCAUGCAAACACAGAUUUUUUAAUAUCAUUAGAACCGCCUAAGCUGAAAGGAAAAUUCCAUAAAUAUUUGGUGGAAUGUGUGGAAGAAUUGAACCGAUCUACCGAACCAGAUUACCUGCAGAAAUUAGUAAACGCUGAAAUAUGUUACUACAAUAAGGACCCGGAGCAUUUCAUGUUUCCAUAAUAUGACAUGAAAUUAUUGCGGCACUAAAAUUAUAUUAUCAAACGCAAUCAUACCGUUUUUCAACAGCAUUUACGGUUUUUUUAAUAUAAAAUUGUUUUAAUCCGAAUUAUUAUUUAUUGUUAUCUAAAAAUUCAAAAUAUAAGUUAUAACAGAG